AUGGCGAAUCGACCUCAAGCUAAUGGAUUCGCAGAGCUUAUGGUCCAGACAACUACCAGGGCUCUUAAGAUGUAUGUGCAAGAUCUGGAUCAACGAGAUUGGGACGAGUAUGCCGAACGACCCACCUUCGCGAUCAACACUGCAAGAGAUCGGAUCCGAGGUGAAACGCAUUUCUACAUGAUACAUGGCUGGGAUCCUAGAUCUACCCCGGAAGCUGUGAUCCCGGUGGGGAGUACUCGUAGGCACGAUCGAGAUCCUAGAAGGUGGCGAUAUCGAAUGCAAAAGUAUUAUCAACAGGCCAGAGAACAAGUGAACCAACGUCUGCGUGAGGCGAUUGUGGAUCGAGCCAAUACGCAUAACGAUCUAGCGCAACCUCAUCCUGUAGAGUCUGGAUCAAGGGUCUGGCUGUACCCAGAUCGAGUACGUGAAGGAUAUGCGAAAAAGCUGGCGCACUUGUGGCAUGGUCCGUUCCGCGUUGCCGAGAAGAUCGGAGAAUACGCCGUGAAGUUGGAGGUAGCAGGAUCCGCAUACAGCAUUUUUCCGGUGGUGCAUGUGUCGAAGAUCAAACUGGUCAAGGCAUUCCCAGAUCGACCAAUAGCUCGUCGGAAUGGCUCAGAAGAAGAUCGGGUGGACUUCGAUGAAGCUCUCCUACCUGAAGAUAGCUGGAGUAGCUGGAUUCAAGAUCGGGAUCCAGAUGAAUACGAAGUGGAGCGAAUUUCCAAUAUGAGGACUGGCAAAAGGACUAGAUAUGGCCGGAUCUACCGAGAAUUUCUAGUACACUGGCGUGGAUAUAAAGAUCCAACCUGGGUAGAUGAGGUAGAUCUCAACUGCGGUGCUCUUCUCUAUGAGUUCUUGCGAGAUCGCACCAAUCGCAACCGUUUUGGUGUGAUUCAGUCCCACGAGGAACCGUGA